GGGGCGGGGGGAGGAGAGCCGGGAGGGGUGCCCGCGCGCCUGCGCAGCCAGCUCCAGCGACCCUAGGUUUUCUAUGGGAUUCCCAAUCUGCAGCAGCGAUUUACCCGAGCGUGUAGCUGCGGCCGCCGGGCUGGCAAGGCGCGUUUCGAGAGGGAUUUAAGCAGCCUAGAGCUCCGGAGGGGGAAAAGAGCGCGGCUUCACCACAGAGACGGCUCAACCUUUUGCUCGAAUUAAAUAUCUCUAUAGAAAGACCUGCCGAGUUUUGCCGUUUUCGUUCAGUCACCGAGCGCAGCGCUCUAACUGCAAAAUGGGGAAACAGAAUAGCAAACUGGCUCCCGAAGUGAUGGAGGACCUGGUGAAGAGCACUGAGUUUAACGAGCAUGAGCUCAAGCAGUGGUACAAAGGGUUCCUCAAGGACUGUCCGAGCGGGAGGCUGAAUCUCGAGGAAUUCCAGCAGCUCUAUGUGAAGUUCUUCCCUUACGGGGACGCCUCCAAGUUCGCCCAGCACGCCUUCCGCACCUUCGACAAGAACGGGGACGGCACCAUCGACUUCCGAGAGUUCAUCUGCGCCCUGUCCAUCACGUCCAGGGGCAGCUUCGAGCAGAAGCUGAACUGGGCCUUCAACAUGUACGACCUGGACGGCGACGGCAAGAUCACGCGCGUGGAGAUGCUGGAGAUCAUCGAGGCUAUCUACAAAAUGGUGGGCACUGUGAUCAUGAUGAAAAUGAAUGAGGAUGGCCUCACGCCCGAGCAGCGGGUAGACAAGAUUUUCAGCAAGAUGGAUAAGAACAAAGAUGACCAGAUUACACUGGAUGAGUUCAAAGAAGCGGCCAAGAGCGACCCUUCCAUUGUACUACUUCUGCAGUGUGACAUUCAGAAAUGAGCUGAGGUCAACGCUAUGGACUGCAUAAGUUUCAAUGUUCCAUUCAAUCUGCAGCUAUCUCUCUCUCUCUCUCUCUCUCUCUCACACACACACACACACAUACACACACACAUUGCUUGGACUACCUAUACAUGGACUUGCUUCUUGUGUUUGAAACACUUGUGUGCAUGAGAAUGUCAUCUGCUAAUGAAUUUUAAAAAGCAUAUAUUAUAAAACAACCUGCCACAAUGUAAUAUGUGUAAUAUUAUUUCAUAACUAACCCUCCUUCUCCAAAGCCUGGCCAGAAAUGUGCAAAUAAUAGUUCUAUGACUUCUCAUUCAUGUUUUGCUAAUGCUUGUGUCUCCUUGAUUACAUGUCAGUAGCACUGAGAACCCCCCUCCCCCCGCUAUGGUAAUGUAACUUAUUAUAAGCUGUGUCACCAUUUUCCUGUAAAAUAGUACUGGACAGACACACACAGGGGUUCUUGAUUCUUCCAUGUGGUCCACACACAAGAGCUUGUCUUACCAGUGAAUAUAAAUGUACUACAUUUGCAUGCCUUUUAGGGUUGCCUUCACUCUUACCUCAUUUGCAUCCUACCAAUCUGGAAAAAUCUGUUUUGGAAUUAAUGCAGUAUAAAACUUAAAAAUCCUGAUAAAUGACUCAUUAAGUAUAUCUAUCUAUAUAUAUAUACACACAAAGAUAUUAUUUAUUGAAAGUGACAAAAAAAGUGUAUUGAUUUCUGCUUGAGUUUUCAAAGGCUUCCGAAAAGGUGGCAAUAGAGGUCCCAAAUAAAUUUAUAACAUUUGACUUUU